AGAAGAAACACUUCCUUAGUUAGCUAGCAAAUGGCGGCCACGAACACGGUGGACUGUAAACAUUUCAGCUGUUAUAACUGUCGGUUUUGGUGGCGAGCUGACGGGGAGUCCGCCGGUAAGAAGACGAAAGCGAAGCAAACGUCGAGGUAAUGGAGACCCAGGAUGACCACGGCGAAAAGGACGCAGCGUGCGAGGUGGCUGAGCUGCGUCUGAAAGUGGAGUCUUUGAAGCAGGAGUUGAAGACUUGCCGAGCCGAGCUGGCCAAGUUACAGAAACAACUGAUCCACUCCGAAAGACUUCAGAAAACCACUGAGAGCUACAAUGAAGACCUCAGGAAACAGGUUGAUGUGCUUAGUGCGGAGAUUCAUGAGCGGAAGAAGAAAGAAAAAGACCGAGUCAGCAGCGAGACUCAGACAGAAGAAUACACAUGGACAGAAACUGACUAUUACAACUAUUACUACGGCAGCUACUAUCAGACCCCUGAGGCUGCAGAGACUCAGGAAGACGCGACCGCGGCGGGAGGCGAAGCAGCAGACGCCAGCGAGGCGGCAGAGGUUUCAGCAUCAGAUGCAGUGACUUCAGAUGUAACCGGUCAAGCUGACAGCGCCACGACAGCUCCGAAAGAGGAAGGUGAUGGAGGAUCUAUAGCUGACAUGUUGCGGGCCACCGCUGAGGAGGCUAUGACGCAGACUGGCUUUGUCUUCGACGAGACCACCGGGAUGUACUACGACCACAGCACCGGCUUUUACUACGACUCGGCCAGUCAGCUGUACUACGAUGCCAACACAGGCAUUUACUAUUACUACGACGCAGAGAGCGGACGGUACCAGUUUCAUUCCAGAGUCGAGGUGCCAGCUGCGCAAACCAGCGCCGAGCCGGGCCAAGACAAGAGAGCUGCUGACAAGAAAGGCAAGACGUGGAAAAAGGGGAUGAAGAAAAGCUCGCACCAGGAUGACAAGGAACUCAUUUCUGACGAUGUGACGUUGGAAGACAAAGAAAUCGAGUGGGUUGAACGGCGAAUACCUAAGAAGACCACCGCAUCGCGAAAGCACAGACAGCGGUCUUGCAGUCCGGACGCGGCCCCGCACAGAAAAGACGUUUCAGAAUCCGUCAAGGACAGUGACAAAUCUUCAUCCAAGAGGAAGAAGCAGAAAAACGGUUCCCACUCCAGUGAUACAGGCAGGUCAAAAAAGAAGAAGAAGAGGUCAAAAUCGCAAAAACGUAAGAAGAAGAAGAAGAAAAUUGAGGUUCAGAGUGAUGACUCAGAUGAAAACAGCGAACCGGAAGAAGGCGAGCUCACAGAGUCGGAGAGAGAGUGGGAGUCCACCUCCUCGCUCUCAUCCUCCCCCUCGCCAUCCAGGGACAGCCCAGAGUCAGACAUGGAGACUGAGAGUCAGGAAGUCCAAGACUUUUGGCCGCCCUGUGUCAGAGUGACAGUGGUCAGGUCUCCUGUACUGCAGGUGGGCACCCUCUUCAUCAUCACAGCCGACUCUCCAGCCACCAUUGGCAGAGAGAAGGAUAUGGACCAUGCAAUUCGAAUACCGGAAAUGGGAGUUAGCAAGUUCCAUGCAGAAGUUUACUUUGACCAGGACCAUCAGAGCUACAUGCUGGUGGACCAGGGCAGCCAAAAUGGGACAGUCAUCAACGGCAACAGAAUCUUACAGCCCAAAACCAAGUGCGAGCCAUGUACCCUGACACACGGUGACGAGGUGAAGAUGGGAGAGACUGUGCUGUCCUUCCAUAUCCACUCUGGGAGUGACACGUGUGACGGCUGUGAGCCCGGUCAGGUGAUGGCUCACCUCAGCAAACACAGGAGAGAGGAGAAGGCAGGACCAACUCUAACCAAAGAGGACAAAGAAGCCCUGAGACAGAAGGAGCUUAAGCAGAUGAAGGCCAAAUAUGGCUUGCAGAGCAGUGAGUAUGAGGAGGCCAAAGCCCUGAGGAACCCCAGAUACAAGGACCGGGCAGAGUCUCGGCGGCAAACAGUGGGAAGUGAAGGUGUUUUCCAGCGAGACGAUGCUCCUGCUUCGGUUCAUGUGGAGAUCAGCGAAGUCAAUAAAGGACGGAAGAUGCUGGAAAAGAUGGGCUGGAAGAAAGGAGAGGGACUGGGCAAAGAGGGAACUGGAAUGAAAGACCCGAUCCAGUUGAAAUUGAGGAAGUCCCAGUCGGGUUUGGGGGCCGGUACUACCAUGUCUAUAGAGGACGUCUCUGUGCCGAGAUCCAAAUCCCACAGGAACUGGGAGAAAGCCCGUGAGAGAUUUGCGGACUCGUGCCAACCCGACACGCUUUCUUCCAAGACACAGAAGGACAGGUCACCCAAACCCUGGGUCAGAGCAGAAGAGACGGAGGCCACAAACACACCAGCAGUCUGUGAUAGUGACAACCAAACAUAGGAAUGACAGUGAGUGCAGAGGUUCACAGUGGAUGCAAGAGCAGAGCGGGCAGGCUGGAUGUGUACGAACAAAGGGAGCCCCUCCACUCCCCAUGAAUCAUGACAGCUGUAAAGGAUGGAGUGCACAGUAACAUGGCAGACCUGUUGUUAUGCUCCUGUAUUUAUUUUGUACUGUCUUCACAUUAGUGCAAGUUUCAGAGUCUCAGUCUGACUGGUUUCUCUUAGCUCCACUAACUUUGUUCUGAGGCGUGUCCUUAGUCCAAAUACUUAUCAGCAGUCUGUCUCAAAAUCUAAACAUCUUGAUACAAUACAGUCUAACAACCAGUUUGUCCAGAACUGUGCAUCAGCAGCAUUUCUGCUAUACUUUGAACGUCACUAACUUGGACUGUCGAAUGCGGUGGUUAGUUUGACGGCGUUUAACAUUCAAAUGGAGACUGACAGAUAAAUCUAACUGUGGCGUGUACAUGGCCUCGGCGUGUCUCUGCAGUCGUGCCUACAGAGAGCCGCGCUGCUACUGUGCCUUUCAAAACAAGGAGGACGUGAAUAGCCUUAAGCAAAUAUUGACACAGUGAAGAUACAUUUCUCAGUGAGAUCAGACUCUCAUGAGGCGUCUUUGGCUCUAUGUUGACAGCCUUCCUGACUGAGUUGGUUUGCUAGGCAGCUCAUGUUAAACCAGUCUCAACUGCUCUGUGUCCUAACAGUGUCCUAACUUUUUUUUUUUUUUUUUUCUUGCACAAUAUUAAAUUUGAACUAUGCUCA